GCUGCCCCCCGCCUCGCCCCGGCUGCCGGCCCCUUCAUGCUCGGCGCUCACCAUGCCCGUGCCGUAGUCGGGGGCCCCUCCUCACGUCCCGCAUGUUCAGGACCAAACGCUCGCUCCUCGUCCGACGGCUCUGGCGGAGCCGCGCACUCGGCGGCGGAGAGGAGGAGACGGGCGAUGGCGGAGCGCUGGCCGAGUCGCGGCCGCACUCAUGCGGCGGGGGUGGCCGGGGGUGCUGCCCGUCCAAAACCUCCCGCGGGGGCGGCCGGGGGGCGGCGGAGGGCGAACUGAAGGCUCUGACCCACGCCGUGCUGAAGCGCUGCAAAGAGCGGCAGCUGGAGGGGCUGCUGCACGCCGUCGAGUCCCGCGGGGCGACCCGCACCCCAUGCGUGUUGCUACCAGCGCGCAUCGAGGCGCGGUUGGGUGCGCAGCGGGACGCGCUGCCUGCGCUGCUGUGCCGGGUGUUCCGCUGGCCCGAGAUGCGGCACGGCGCGCCCCUCAAGAGGCUCCGCGGCUGCUGCCAGGCCGACGGCGCGGCGACAACCGAGUUCGUCUGCUGCAACCCGCACCACCUCAGCCGCCUCUGCGAUCUCGAGUCACCCCCUCCACCCUACUCCAGAUAUCCCAUGGAUUUCCUCAAGCCGACGGCAGGUUGUCCAGACUCUGUGCCUUCCUCCACUGAAACAGGGGGAACUAAUUGUCUAGCCCCUGGGGGGCUCUCAGAUUCUCAAGUUAUUCAGGAGAUGGGGGAUCACUCACACUGGUGUGUGGUGGCAUACUGGGAAGAGAAGAUGCGUGUGGGUCGGCUGUACUCUGUCCAAGAGCCCUCCUUGGAUAUCUUCUAUGAUCUACCUCAGGGGAAUGGCUUCUGUCUCGGGCAGCUCAACUCGGACAACAAAAGCCAGCUGGUGCAGAAGGUACGCAGCAAGAUCGGGUACGGCAUCCAGCUCACCAAGGAGGUGGACGGCGUGUGGGUCUACAACCGCAGCAGCUACCCCAUCUUCAUCAAGUCGGCCACACUGGACAACCCUGACUCCAGGACGUUGCUGGUGCACAAAGUGUUCCCUGGUUUUUCCAUCAAGGCUUUUGAUUAUGAGAAGGCAUGCAGCCUGCAGAGGCCAAAUGACCACGAGUUCAUGCAGCAGCCAUGGACUGGAUUUACCAUGCAGAUCAGCUUUGUGAAGGGCUGGGGCCAAUGCUAUACCAGGCAGUUCAUCAGCAGCUGCCCUUGCUGGUUGGAAGUUAUUUUUAAUGAUCGAUGACAUGAGACGGAGCAGACUCAUAGCAUUCAUACUACUUUGCUGUUAUUACUUCCGAGUGCUUGCUUUUCAUGCAACCUUUUUGUUCUUGUUUUGUUUGUUGUCAUUUCCCAUUUUAAGAAAUAGCUUAUGGAAAGAUUUUCAUCCAGGUAUUUGAUAAAUAGAUCUAUUUUUUUAAAGUGUGAACAACCAGUAACUCAGAAGGGCAAGUAAAGGGUGGAGUGGGAGCAGACUGUAUACAAUAACCAUUUCCCACUUCCAAAAGGAUUAUCCUAUGUGAUGGGUGGGUUGGGAGCCACUUGCUCUUGGGUAGCAUGAUGGGAUCCCCUUAUUUUUCACACUCUCCAAUCCCAGUGCUGGUGGCACCCCUACCCGGAAGUGCUAAUCCAAUGUAGCUACCACCAAUGGUGCACAAACUUCCCACCAGGUCUUAUCCCACCCGUGUAGUUUCUGUCAUUGAGUUUUGUCAUUGGGUCAUUGUUGUUAGGUUUGCGUCUUGUCCCUGUGUCUAUCCUGUACGCUGUCCAUCCAUACACUCAUCCUUCCACCAUUUUAUCAUCAUGGAUUGGUAGAAGGGGAGAAAACAGUGGUGAAGAAACCAUGCAUGGCUCAUGUUAUGCAAUUGGAGCUGAGAUACAACAUGACAUAAGCCUGAAAAAAAAACAACCCACAAAGCAAAACAAAAUAAAAACAAAUGGGGAAGAAAAAGUGAAAAAGGAAAGAAGAUAGUUGGAGAUAGUAGAAGAAAAAGAAAAAGGAUAGUUGAGUCUGUCAGAACCUGUUGACUUAAGUUAUGCUGGUACAAUUAUAUCUGGAGAUGCCAUUGUGCUUUCAUUUCUUCUUGAAUUCAUAUACACGUAUGAUACUUUUACAUUGUUCUUAGCUCAAUGAGCAUGUUUAGAACUUAACAUAAGCUAUUUUUCUAAAAAGGUUUAAAUGAACAAGAGAGCAUUCACAUCGGAACUUUGGCAUUGUAGUGCUUUGGAAAGAAAACACAAAAAAGGAUUCCUUAAAAAAAAACUGAGAUUUAUUAAAGAAAAAAAUGUAUUUUAUGUUAUAUAUAAAUAUAUUAUUACUUGUAAAUACAAAGACAUUUUAUAAGCAUCAUUAUUUAUGUAAUGUGCAAUGUGUAUAAAUGAGAAAAAUAAGAUGCACUUUGCUUUAAUAUAAAUGCUAAUGACAAAUGCCAAAUUAAAAAAAAAAAAAAACAACCACGAGAUUGGUGUCUUUUUCUGUGCAUGUUCUUAUCCAGAUUGUGUUUUUUUUUCUAAAGGAGUUUAUGUUCCAUUAAGAAAUAAAAGUAUACACUUGACCCAUGGAGCAGAAUGGCUUUGUUAGAGGUGGGGAGGAGCUGCAGGAUAGGUGUUCCUGUUGCUUGUCAUGUCACCUUGAGCAGACUGCCAUGGCAGCAGCCCAGUGCUCAUCCUAUACCAUCCCAUACCUAAAAUACAAUGGCUCUGAGGCCAAUGUGUGAUCUGGGCUGGCCCACCACUUUGACUGGUACUCCAUGUCACAUCCAACAUCCACAUGUCCUCAGCAGGAGAGAAGUCCCUACGGCUGGUUGAACUCUCAUCUUGGGUGAAGGUAAACCUUUCUGCAUGAAAACCACCAGCUCUGUGUAGCUUGGAGGCUUUGGAGGGGUGCAGCAUCUGUGUCUUGGACCCUACUGGCCUUCACGAAGUGGAUGGAUGUGGUGGUGGAUUAGUCUUUGUGAGCAUGAGAACCAGGUUCAACUGACACUGCGCAUGUCUGUUCAACAUGCCCUACCCAAAGGGAUUUAUUGAGAUGCAAUAUUUGGUUUGCUCUGAAUGGACUGUGCCUUCAGCUAGAUUCCUUUCAAGGGCUUCAAAAUGGCUUUGGAUAAUGUGUGAUGGAUGUACCCACCUGUCUUGCUUGGUGUGCCCAAGAGGGCAGACAUUGGGGUGACUAUCUACAGUUCAGUUUACCUCAUUUCCUUUCCAUUCUGUUCCAGAAGACUUGAAAUACUCAAUAACCUCAUCACAUCUCCAUGGUUCAGUGGUCAACCAGCGACAGCAGUUAGUGUGGGAGGGUCAAGGAGGAGUGCUCCAGUCUGUUCUGUGGUAGCAAUUUGGGAAUUUGGGAUGACUGAAAUCAGUCCAUUCUGGUUAACCAUAAUCUCACUAUGUACUGAGGCUCCAGCAAAACUGGCAGUAAAUCAUCUGAAGAUAUCCUGCAUCCCAGUCAAUUAUGGUACAAUUGCACCUUUUUUUCUCAACUGUUGCUGAGUGGUAAUAGAAGAGUGCAAUAAAGUAGGGUCAAAGCGUGUCACUUUUUUUUUUUUGAUAAAACAUAUGUGAAAUCUGCUCAAACUGUCAACUGCUGAUCAAAGAUAGUGCCUGAGAUGGGUGAUGUAGGACAGUUUCCCUCUACUCCACCAUCGUGAGAUUAUUGGAUCAAGUGGUUUCCACAGGGCAGAAAUAAUCCCUACUUUACUUGGGUGAUUCUCUGCAUGGGACUCAUUCCCAAACCAUCCCAAGGACCCCAAGGAAUCAGUGGGCUCUUGUCUUGCAGGUUCUUAGCAAGUCCAGUGGGUGAAGGGAUUCAUGGAGAUGUCAGGGCAAUGGAGUAUUUACAGAAUGGCAGCUCCACACAUUACAAGACCUUAGGAGAAUAUUUGCUUUGUGCUGUACUUUGUCCCCAGUGUUCACCAGUGGAAAGUAGCACUGGCGGAGCAUAACUUAAUCUGAAAACAUUAGCUCAGCCACAUUUAAAUAUGCACACAUCUGAGUUUGCAGGAAAGCACAAGUGAGGAAGAACCAGCUUAAGGUGAAUUAAUAAAAAACACCUGCAUGUUUCCUUCAUGUGGAAACAGCAUUUUUUUGUGUUUUCUACAUGUGUUUAAAUAUAUGUCAUGUUUGGAGACAGAGCCUUGGUACCACCAGGUCAUGUGAUGCUACCUGUCUAGGUCCUAGUGGAAUACAGACACCUGUGCACCCACACAUUGGCCCAGUUCAGUGGAGAGACAAACCUAGGCAUGAUAGUGACCUUAAAAAUCAUAGAACUGCAGAACCAUAGAAUGGUUGGGAGGGACCUUAAAGAUCAUCCAGUUCUAAUCUCUGCCAUGGGCAAGGUUGCACCUGGGGCAGAGAGCUUUGGAGGAAGAGGUGACAUGGUUUUAUGAUUUUUUGGUUAUCGGUAUUCCACAUCAAUGUUUUACGGGCUGGUUUGGCCCGGUUCCAUGACUAGUGGGGAAGAGGGAUUCGCAAAUCCACACCUCCAGGAAAGGGAAACAGGGGACCCCAAAGAAAUUUAAAACAGCGGCAACUACCAUAGGAGAAACAAACUAAUUUACUAAAUAUGGCACUGGAAUGCAAGAUAAAACACUGCAAUACAAUACAAUUAGAAUUGAAGCUCAUAGAUCAAAUAUAAUGAGAGAGUAUCCAAAAACAGAAGACUUUACCAUAAUGCUGAGGUGAGACAUGCAGUCGGGUCGAGCAGCACAGACAGGAAAGAUCCAAAAAAGGACAGGUCAGAUGAUCUAAGAAAACUUAUAUCCUCUCUCUGAACUCAAUGACCUCUGGAGUAUGUAGUUCUCUUCUGGGACAGGUACCCAGAACUGGAGCAUUAACUCUUAAACUCCCAGUGCACUACACAAUGUUAUGAUGUGGAAUACCAGUAACCAAAAACCAUAAAAUUGUAACAUUCCACCCCUUAUUCCAAAUAACUACAUCAUGAUUAAUAUACACAAAGUAAAAAAACAAAAAUAAACAAGCAUUAAACACACACACAUGCGCACAUGCACACACACAUAAAUAUAUACACAGAAUUACUGAUUACACGCCCCCAACAUUAAAUUCCCUUGUGGAACACAUCAAAAAUCCCCACCUUUCUAAAUCACCCACCAAGUGGACUCAGGUCCCUGGGCAAAAACAGUUCCACGAAGAGGUUUGCCCAUCUCAGAAACGGGGAAGACCCAAACCUCUUUUCCCAACGUGUUCUUUACAUGUACUACAGGGACCUUAAAUCCCUCUACAGUAUGUAUGGAGCAGGCAGGACCACGGGAAUUGGUAGAUCUUCAAGUGCCAACCAACCAGGUGGCUUCUGCCAAAUGCUUCUCCCAGUGCUUAAAUGUUCCGCCACCCAUUGCUUUCAACAUAGUUUUUAACAACCCACUGUAUUGUUCUAUUUUACCAGAAGCUGGUGCAUGGUAGGGGAUGCAGGUAGGGUUGGACUAGAUGAUCUUGCAGGUCGUUUCCAACCUUGUGAUUCUGUGAUUCUGGGAUAUGAUAAAUCCACUCAAUGCCAUGAUCUUUGGCCCAAGUAUUUACAAGAGAAUUUUUGAAAUGAGUACCAUUGUCAGACUCAAUCCUUUCUGGAUUGCCAUACCACCACAGGACUUGAUUCUCGAGACUAAUAUGGUGUUUUGGGCAGUAGCAUGGGGUACUGCAUAUGUUUCAAGCCACCCAGUGGCUGCCUCUGCCAUAGCAAGCACAUAACGCUUACCAUUGUGAGAUCGUGGCAAGGUGAUAUAAUCAACCUGCCACGCCUCCCCAUAUUUAUACUUCUGCGAUCACCCUUCCUCCCAGAGAGGUUUCAUCCUCUUAGCUUGUUUGAUGAUGGCACAUGUUUCACAGUCAUGAAUAACCUGUGCAAUAGCGUUCAUAGUUAAGUCCACCCCUGUCUCUAGCUCAUUUGUAUGUUGCAUCUCUUCGUUGAUGGCCUGGGGUCUCAUGAGCCCACCGAGCUAGGAAUAAUUCACCCUUGUUCUGCCAGUCCAGGUCCAUUUGCGCCACCUCAAUUCAGGCAGAUCAGUCUACUUGAUGGUUAUUUUGCUGUUCUUCAGUAGCCCUACUCUUGGGCACAUGAGCAUCUACAUGGCGCACCUUCACAACCAUAUUCUUUGUUCGGGCAGCAAUGUCUUUCCACAGUUCAGCAGCCCAAAUAGGUUUACCCCUUCUUUGCCAGUUAUUUUGCUCCCACUGCUGUAACCACCCCCAUAAGGCAUUUGCCACCAUCCAUGAGUCAGUGUAAAGAUAGAGCAUUGGCCACCCCUCCCAUUCAGCGACAUCUAAGGCCAGUUGGACAGCCUUUACCUCUGCAAAUUGGCUUGAUUCUCCUUUCCCUUCAGUGGCCUCUGCAACUUGCUGUGUGGGGCUCCACACAGCAGAUUUCCAUCUGCGAUGCUUCCCCACAAUGUGACAUGAUCCAUCUGUGAACAGGACACAUAUCUUUUCAUUGUAUGGUAGUUCAUUAUAUGGUGGGGCCUCUUCUGCUGGUGAUGUUUCAAACUUUUAACCUUCAGGCCAGUCCACGAUCACAUCUAGGACUUCUGGGUGACUGAGGUUCCCCAUCUGAGCUUGUUGAAUAAUCAACGCAAUCCACAUACUCCAAGUGGCAUCAGUAGCGCUAUGGGUUUAAACUUUUCCUUUAAACAUCCAGUUUAGCUCUGGCAGUCGAGGUGCUAAAAGGAGCUGUGUUUCAGUAGAGAUUACUUUGGAAGCAGCCCAAACCCCCACAUACGCGGCUAAGAUCUCCUUUUCAGUUGGGGUGAUGCACUUUUCAGACCCCCUGUACUCUUGGCUCCAGUAUCCAAGGGGGUCGAUCACAGGUCUCUCCUGAAGCUCUUCGCCACUAUGAGUGGAACCUUUGUCUCCAGCAGUAGUGUAGAGGAUGUUAUUUACAUCCUGUCCCAUCCGUACUGGCCCCAGGUCCACAGCUCAAGCUAUCUCCAGUUUAAUCUGCUAAGGAUUAAUCGCCUGCUUUUGCUCAGGACCCCACACAGACUUUUACUUCUUCUGCGACACCUGAUAAUGCUGCUGCUGCUCAGGGCCCCAUGUAAACUCAUUUUUCAUUCGCGUCACAUAAUACAUGGGACUUACAAUGAGGCUGUAGUUUGGAACAUGCAUUCUCCAAAAGCCCACUACACCCAGAAAAGAUUGUGUCUCUCUUUUGCUAAUGGGUGGAGACAUAGCAGUGAUUUUGUCAAUCACAUCUGUCGGGAUGUGACAACGGCCAUCUUGCCCCUUUAUGCCUAGGAACUGAAUUUCCUGGGCAGGUCCUUUCACUUUGCUUCGCUUAAUAGCGAAACCAACACGGAGAAGGAUCUGGAUUAUUUGCUCUCCUUUCUCAAAAACUUCCUUUGCUGUGUUGCCCUGCACAAU